ACCAGCACCCCACUCACACCUCUCAAUGGCGAUGACACCUGUGGCCCCCCCGAGAUGUUCCACCAGGAGGUGUUUGAGGGGUAGCUAAGAGGGAGCUCCGAGUGGGUGGAGGAAUCGGUACGCGUCAGGACACAGAGCUACAGCCUCCUCCCUUCAAAAGCCUGCCUGUACCUCAGCACCUACAGGAAGCUGUCAAAGGGUGUGUUUGUCGCAGCCAGCAUGUGGUGGGGAGUUCUCAGCUUGCUGACUUGGGUCCCGUUGCAAGCAGCCCUUCUGAACAUGGAAACCAUCACAGUGAAGGAGGGCGCGACACUCACCCUAAAUUGUGCCACUUCUCCUGCGAAGAAUGCCUCUCUCCAAUGGCUGGCCCCUUCCGGGUUCACCAUUUUUUUUAACCAACAUCCUGCUUUAAAAGGCUCCAAAUACCAGCUUCUUCACCACUCGGCCACACAGCUCUCCAUCCGUAUGCCCAAUGUAACUCUGCAGGAUGAAGGCGUGUACAAGUGCUUACAGUACGGAAGCUCCGUGAGGACGAAGCAUGUGAAGGUGAUUGUGUUAGUGACGCCUUUCAGGCCAACUGUGGAAGCUUUGGUUGUCAGACAGCAGAACGGAGACAAACAUGUUGUACUGAAAUGCUCCACAGAGAGGAACAAGCCCCCUUCGCAAGUCACCUGGCUGCUGGGGAGUGGUCUGGAGGUCUAUGGCGGACUCCACCACGAAUUUGAAACUGAUGGGAAAACCUGCAACACCACCAGCACACUCGUGGUCCACACGUACAGCAAGAACUCCACGGUGCACUGCAUUAUCCGGCACAAGGGCCUGGAAGGAAGGAAGCUGGUGGCUCCCUUCCAAUUCGAAGAUUUGGUUGCAGAUCAAGAAACAGCUUCUGAUGCCCCCGAGCAGAGCUCUCUCGCCUCUCAAACCCCCCAGGAGCCCACAAGUAUGGUCUCAGUGAUGGAAAAUUCCAGUUUAGAAGAGACUGACAAGAAAGAGAAAAAGCAUGCCACUCAAGACCCUGACUUGACCACUGAAGCCAGUGCUCAGUAUGCAGGCCUGGAGAGGAGGAAGAGUGGCAUCCUGCUGCUCACGCUGGUGUCCUUCCUCAUCUUCAUCCUCUUCAUCAUUGUUCAGCUCUUCAUCAUGAAGCUCCGUAAAGCACACGUGAUAUGGAAGAAGGAAAGUGAAAUUUCAGAGCAAACUCUAGAAAGUUACAGGUCAAGAUCCAACAAUGAAGAGACAUCUUCUUCCCAAGAGAAUAGCAGCCAGACUUCCCAGUCUAAGCGUUGUAUGAACUACAUCACACGGUUGUACUCGGGAGCCAAACCAAAGAGGAAGGCGAAUGCUCAACACUGGAAAUUAGAGGGCCAGCACAGUCGUGUCCCAGAGAGUAUUGUGUAAGUGUACUGUGCCAUAGAAGAUGGGAUUGCGGGGCAGCUGAAGAAGGCCCUGGAAAGGAACAUAAGUACUGUGGCACAUAAAAAAAUGUCCUUUGAGUACCAUUCAGGACAGUGGUCACUGAGCCAGGGCAGCAACAUGAGAACCAAGCCAUGAACAGAGAACUCCUCAUUGAAAGAAAAACAUAGACCGAACCUAUUAUUACUAACACUACUUCAGAGCCGGAAAUCUCUACUAAGUCUUUUGGAUCAGGGUCAGUGUGACCAGCGAACAGCUGACCUCGAAGGAAGCAGUAGACAGAGUUUUUAGACAUGAGGUUGUAAUAGAACUAUUUAAAUUGGUUUAAAAUCUUUUCUUCUGGUCAAGAAGAACUUAAGGAUGAGAAGAACCCAAAGAAGACCUGAGAUACCAGAAGCCCGCUUUCAAGACAGGCUCUCAGAAGCUGUCACAUGGACGCUAGGGAGAAACAGGAUGUCACAGCGUGUGAAGGACAUGAAGACCCAGAGAUCGACAGUUCGCAACCCAACGACUGAAUUCAGCUGCCAGUUCCUUUAGGCUUCCUUGCUAACUAUGUGAGGGAACCUGGCAGACAACUUUUUAACCUGAAUACACCAUGAUGAAAGUAUGUUCAGAAGAAAACCAUGAGUUUAAUUAACAGAUUGUUAAACUCAUGAGUGGCUUUUUCUUUCAUAAAGACAGAGUGUGUCUUUCUAGAGGUUGUUGUGCUUCUUGAUUCUGUGUUUUAAAUGAUUGAUAGUUCUUUUUUCUAUUAAAAAAACAGUUCAGAGGA